ACAAAUAUAUAUAGAGUAGCUUAUAAGUGCAUUUGCAAAAUAAGUAAUAAAUUAUAAAAUUCAGUGUGUUUGAAGGCCUGCUGGUUUCGUUUGUGGGUUGCGCAGGAUAGAUGCAAAAAUCCAGUUAAUAACCGAGACUAAAAAAAUAAAUAAAACAGCGAUGAAAAUCCCUAUUAUAGGACUAUGGAUGGCUACCCUUGCUUUCACAUACCCGCUUGAAGCACAUCCAUACCGAAUAGAAAAGAUUUCGUUCCAUAACCCACAAACCACUAGCAACACAAAUUUCGCUGCAUUUGAGGUCCGACCGAACGGGUUAUUGAGCAGAAUACUUGAAAACAACGCCCGGAGAUUUGUCAGAGAUAUUUAUACUAACCCAGAAGAUAUGGGCAAUAGUCAGGUAAACAAUUUCCGAAGCCCUAGUAUGUUCUGGAGCCAUCCGUUUGUAUUGAUACAACCGAAAAAUAAUAUACGGACUGCAAGACAAUCAUCGGAAGCGCGAGGACGCAGUGACGGUAAACAACGUCAGGUCUUCGUUAUACCUUCUGCGGCACCGGACACUGAUUUAGGAAUAACAACUACGGCCUUACCUCCAACAACAUUACCACCAACCACUAUUCCACCAACACAACCACCUACAACAUUACUACCAACCACUAUUCCACCAAUACAACCUCCAACAACAUUACUACCAACACAACCCCCAACAACAUUAUUACCAACAACUAUUCCACCAACACAACCACCUACUACUGUUCCACCAACACAACCUCCAACAACAUUACCACCAACGACUGUACCACCAACAACUAUUCCACCAACACAACCACCUACUACUGUUCCACCAACACAACCCCCAACAACAUUACCACCAACACAACCACCUACUACUGUUCCACCAACUCAACCUCCAACAACAUUACCACCAACGACUGUACCACCAACAACUAUUCCACCAACACAACCACCUACAACAUUACUACCAACCACUGUUCCACCAACACAACCCCCAACAACAUUACCACCAACGACUGUACCACCAAUAACUAUUCCACCAACACAACCACCUACUACUGUUUCACCAACACAACCCCCAACAACAUUACCACCAACACAACCACCUACUACUGUUCCACCAACACAACCCCCAACAACAUUACCACCAACACAACCACCUACUACUGUUCCACCAACUCAACCUCCAACAACAUUACCACCAACGACUGUACCACCAACAACUAUUCCACCAACACAACCACCUACAACAUUACUACCAACCACUGUUCCACCAACACAACCCCCAACAACAUUACCACCAACCACUAUUCCACCAACACAACCUCCAACAACAUUACCACCAACGACUGUACCACCAACAACUAUUCCACCAACACAACCUCCAACAACAUUACCACCAACGGCUGUACCACCAACAACUAUUCCAUCAACACAACCACCUACCACUGUUCCACCAACACAAUCACCUACAACUAUUCCACCAACAACUAUUCCACCAACACAACCACCAACAACAUUACCACCAACGACUGUACCACCAACAACUAUUCCACCAACACAACCACCUACUACUGUUCCACCAACACAACCUCCAACAACAUUACCACCAACACAACCCCCAACACCAUUAUCACCAACUACUAUUCCACCAACACAACCACCUACUACUGUUCCACCAACACAACCUCCAACAACAUUACCACCAACGACUGUACCACCAACAACUAUUCCACCAACACAACCACCUACUACUGUUCCACCAACACAACCCCCAACAACUAUUCCAUCAACACAACCACCUACUCCUGUUCCACCAACACAACCCCCAACAACAUUACCACCAACACAACCACCUACUACUGUUCCACCAACUCAACCUCCAACAACAUUACCACCAACGACUGUACCACCAACAACUAUUCCACCAACACAACCACCUACUACUGUUCCACCAACACAACCACCAACAACUAUUCCACCAACACAACCACCUACUACUGUUCCACCAACACAACCCCCAACAACAUUACCACCAACCACUAUUCCACCAACACAACCCCCAACAACAUUAUCACCAACUACUAUUCCACCAACACAACCACCUACUACUGUUCAACCAACACAACCACCAACAACUAUUCCAUCAACACAACCACCUACCACUGUUCCACCAACACAAUCACCAACAACUAUUCCACCAACACAACCACCUACUACUGUUCCACCAACACAACCCCCAACAACAUUACCACCAACACAACCACCUACUACUGUUCCACCAACACAACCUCCAACAACAUUACCACCAACGACUGUACCACCAACACAACCACCUACUACUGUUCCACCAACACAACCACCAACAACUAUUCCAUCAACACAACCACCUACCACUGUUCCACCAACACAACCCCCAACAACAGUACCACCAACCACUAUUCCACCAACACAACCCCCAAAUACAUUACCACCAACCACUAUUCCACCAACACAACCACCUACUACUGUUUCACCAACACAACCUCCAACAACAUUAACACCAACGACUGUACCACCAACAACUAUUCAACCAACACAACCACCUACUACUGUUCCACCAACACAACCCCCAACAACAUUACCACCAACCACUAUUCCACCAACACAACCACCUACUACUGUUUCACCAACACAACCUCCAACAACAUUAACACCAACGGCUGUACCACCAACAACUAUUCAACCAACACAACCACCUACUACUGUUCCACCAACACAACCCCCAACAACAUUACCACCAACCACUAUUCCACCAACACAACCCCCAACAACAUUACCACCAACCACUAUUCCACCAACACAACCUCCAACAACAUUACCACCAACGACUGUACCACCAACAACUAUUCCACCAACACAACCUCCAACAACAUUACCACCAACGGCUGUACCACCAACAACUAUUCCAUCAACACAACCACCUACCACUGUUCCACCAACACAAUCACCAACAACUAUUCCACCAACAACUAUUCCACCAACACAACUACCUACUACUGUUCCACCAACACAACCCCCAACAACAUUACCACCAACCACUAUUCCACCAACACAACCACCAACGACUGUUCCACCAACACAACCUCCAACAACAUUACCACCAACAACAUUACCACCAACACAACCACCUACAACUAUUCCUCCAACCCAACCGCCUACAACAUUAUUACCAACCACUAUUCCACCAAUACAGCCGCCAACAACAUUACCAUCAACGACUGUACAACCAACACAACCACCUACUACUGUUCCACUAACACAACCACCAACGACUGUACCACCAACCACUAUUCCACCAACACAACCACCUACAACUAUUCCUCCAACGCAACCGCCUACAACAUUAUUACCAACCACUAUUCCACCAACGCAGCCGCCAACAACAUUACCACCAACAACUAUUCCACCAACACAACCACCUACAACAUUACCACCAACACAACCACCUUCUACUGUUCCACCAACGCAACCGCCAACGACUAUCCCACCAACAACUGUACCUUCAACACAACCGCCAACAACUAUACCUCCUUUGAUAAGCAUGGUGGAAACAACCGAACCCGCUAUUAUAUCUACUACUUUAAGAACGACGGAGCCUACGAAUGUGCCAAUUACUUCUGCUUUGGGAACAACUCAGGAAACACCAUUGAUAACUACUGUGGUAACCACUCAACAUCCAUCUUUACCAACUACUGUGGAAACUUCUUCACCAUUGAUCACAACCGUACGAACAACUCAAGAUCCUCCUUUAAUUACCACUGUGAAUACAACUCCUGCUACAUCAACACCUUUACUACCUACAACUUCAGAACCCACUCGAACAACGCUUACUCCAACAACUAUUAAGCCGACUAAAUCUGUAGACAAUUUAGAAACAACACCAACGACAACUCUUCCAACAACAAUGCUUACAACUUAUGUUACGACUUUGCCACCGACUGUACCGGAUACUUUCCCUCCAAGUUCUCCAACAACGCCGACUGCACCGUAUACUUUUCCUCCAACUUCCCCCGUAACACCUUCAUGCACAUGUCCACCAACAAUAUGUAAUUGUUGUAGCUGUCCACAAGCAUCACCAUGCUUACCUAAUCCAGCACCACAAAACUAUUGUCCUCCGAACUAUCAUUCACCACCAUGCGUGCCUUAUCAACCGUAUUCAUAUCAAAACACGAAUUAUGAGGUUCAGCCGGGUAUGAUGACAGCGCAGUCAAACCCUUUGCCGUUUCAGUCAUCAGUACCAUUUUCCUUUGGCUCCUUGCCGGGUAUGAUGCCUGCGCAGUCAAACCCUUUAUUGUUUCAAGCAUCUGUACCGUUUUCCUUUGGCUCCAUGCCGGGUAUAAUGCCGACACAACAAAAUAUGUUUCCGCAACAAUUAGCUUUACCAUUCCCCUUCAAUUCUAUGGCUAGUAUGGUGCCAGCGUAAUCAAAUACCCAACCGUUUCAAUUACCACUGUUUAAUUUCUUUGUUCCUGGGUCUACGUAAUCGUAAUUCCUUUUAAUUUUUGUAUUGUAAUUAAUUUAAAUAAUUGUGUGAUCAGAGACUGAGACGAAGAAAAAGUUUUUCGAAACAUACUUCGUGAACUCACGUAUUUUAAGUUGUAUUAACAAUAAAAAAUAAUGAAGUUUGGUGAUUCCAUCGUCUUCAAGA